UCGUCUUGUUGCGGCGCGGAGUCUGUGAAGGGAGGGUUGGAUGAGGAAACUCCAGUCGCUAUUCAGCUGUGCAGGUAGCCGCGCUGCAUUCCACCGCUUGCUCCGCUCUUUUUUGAACAUUUGAUUUUUUUAUACAUUUUCCACGCGGAUUUUUUAACUGCGCACUUCCUGUCCGUUUGAUAUGGAAGUCAGUGACUUCGGGACUUUUUAGUGCACAUUUUUGUUAUUCCACCAGUGUUUGGUUUUUCCAACCUCUCCGUGUUGAAAAAUUUUCAUUAUAUAAAUUAUUUAUUUGGAAAUAGUCUCACUCGGCACCUUCACGUAUUUAUUGCUGUGGUGCUGGGCAGGUGACAUUUGCGACGUGACCCGUGUGUUGAUGUCGAACGCAUUGUCGAGUCAGAGGUGUCAGUUCAGUGCGCUGGAUGACUAGCAGCUCUGUGAAGGUGCCUGGAUAAUACGCGGCUCUGUUGAAAUUCGCCAUCAACAUACAUUCAGUGAUUGACUUAAAAGUGCAAAAUAAGAAGAAGACUGCUGCUCUUUUAAGAUAAAACAGGCGGCUUUGCUGAUCGCGAUCGGGCGAUUGUGAGACGGCGGGUGGAUCACUCGCAGUGCGCGACCGAGCGAGCUGAAGAAUGGUUAUGUCGGGCCGAGACGCCGCGGCCCUCGAGCCUCGCGAGAAAAUCGUCACUCCACCGAACGGAUUAAAUGCAGAGCAACCUGUGCCCAAGCAUCGGCCGCCGCCAAGUCCUCGACCUGUCCACAGACACAACUCGGACGCUUCAACCUUGAGCCAGGCCGCAGGUCUGGCGCGCAGCUUCAGGUUCGCGUCUUUGACCUCAUUGACACGUCGGAAGAUGUCACCGGGGCCGUCUGUGGCUCCUCGGCCGCCCCAUCUCGACGUGCAUCAGUGGUUGAUGGUGCUCGACGUGCCCGAGUACGCGGCCGCCUUCGCCUCCUUCUCCGGAGUCGAGGAGCUGCUGUGGUUUACAGAAGCGGAUAUCAAAGAGUUGGGCGUUCGGAACUCGGCACACAGAGCACGAAUCAUGUCCAGCCUGGUUGCUCUGCGAUCAAAAUACGAAAGAGGGAACAGACGCCGUGGCGGAGACAAGCUGCAGAGGCACAGCGUGGCUGUGGACAGUGGACGCCUCGUGGACAGAAACAUCUCAAUCGACUCCGAGUUGUGCGUGAAUGAGCCGCCCCAGAGCAAGAGCUUAGACAACCUGGCCAUGGAGGAGAGCGACCCCAACGCGGGGGCCAUCGCUCUUCGGAAGGCCCUGGAGUGGGAGUUGAGUCUGGACAGCCGAGACAUGCGGUCACAUGCGUGGUAUCACGGAGCGAUCCCGCGACCCCGUGCAGAAGAUAUCACGAGUCAGGACGGGCACUUCUUGGUGCGCGACUGCACCUCGCAACCUGGAGACUACGUGCUCAGCUGCAGAUACAGAGGACAAGCACUGCACUUUGUAAUUAAUAAGGUGGUCCUUCAGCCAGACACAGUAUACGAGCGAGUGCAGUACCAGUUCGAGGACGAGGCGUUCGACACGGUGCCCGACCUGAUCACCUUUUACGUGGGCAGCGGCAAGAGCAUCUCGCAACUGUCCGGCGCCAGAAUCCACACGCCGCGCAACCGACUCUACCCCCUGUCGUUCUACGCGUCCAAGUUCCCCGCGCAAAUGCCCCCGUCGGGCCUCAUGUCGCCCUGCUCGCCGGCCGGCUCGCUGGUCACCUCGCCGUGCGGCGCCGCCUCCCCCGCCUCAAGACUGAACAUGUACAGCAACAACAUGGUGGCGGCGCCGCCGAUGAGCGUCGUCUCGCCGCCCAGCACCCUCGGAAGGAGCAACUCGCGGCCGGGCACGCCGCCCAAGCUGCCCACCAAGCACCGAAGUCACUCCCUCACAGCAAGCACAGUCAUGGCUGAAGCAGGGAUCCGAAGCAUGUCUAUUGAUGAGCGUUCAACGGAGAAAUUCGCAUCCCUGCCUCGCAACAACACAUCCACCCCAAAAGCACCCCCCGUCUGCUUGGCGACGAUGCCGCGCUCGAACAAGGCGUCCAUGAUGCGGGUGACGAGUGACCCUGCGCUCAGUCCGUGCAUGGAGCGUCGCCACUUGCUGGACACAGACCCUCAGGGCAGUCCACCCCCGAAGCCCAGUCGCGUGCCCUGCAUGUCGAGUGACCUCAGGGGUGCCGCCCAGGGGGUGUACCACGCGUCAGGAAGCGAUUCCGGAAACGGUUCCGGCGACUCGGUGCAAAGUUCUGCCGACGCCAUGGAGUCCUCGUCCACUUCGCUGAAGCCCUGCAACGUGGGCGUGGUCAUCAAGAACCCUUCCAGGAGCUACACACCCCCGGACGCAGUUGAGCCGGUCCUCGAGCCCUCCUCGGCCUUUGACCUCGACUCCUUCGCCACCCUGCUGCUUCCUGUGAAGGAAAACAAACCCCUGGACGCAAUGGCCAUGCAGGGUGUCCGACUGCUGUUGGCCGAAAAUGGCUCCAGGGUGAUCGCCAACCACCUGACCAAGGUGGACCUCGAGCUGACCCACCUGGCAGGUCGAAUCGUUCCCAAGGGAGAGCAGCUCGACCUUGGGCUGGGGGUGCACUCGGGAAUCGAACUGUGUUCCUUGCCACAUGGCCACCAACUCAGGCUAGAUCUCAUUGAAAGGACGCGGUGCAUGCAACUUUUCGUGGCAAUCACCAUUCUCAGUGGAGCGACUGACGUUGAACGCGCCGACACCCUCCACAGGUGGAUACAGGUUGCAGUUGACGUGAAGACUGCCUUGGGCAACCUGUACGGCUUCUGUGCAGUUAUGAUGGGACUGAGCAUGCCACAGAUACAAAGACUCUCGUCAACAUGGCAUGUUGUGCGCCAACGGUACACGGACAGCGCAUUCAACUUUGAGGCCAAACUGCGUCCUGUGCUGAAGAGUAUGAACGAGUGCACCAACCCGCAGGCGCCCAACACCACCAUCCCCCACCUCCUCCCCUUCGUUCUUCUGCACGAGCGUGAACACGCCCUGGACUUCGAAGACCACCUGCACCCCUCACCGGUGAGCUGGGAGAACGCCAACGACCAGGGCAUCCUCACCCUGUUUGAGCACCUGCAGAUGGCGCGCAAGUUUGCAGACAAAGAAGCAAAUUUCCGGCGCAACGCGGAAAUCGUUCUCAGCGACGCCAAAAUAGACGAUUUGCUGCUGGACGCUUUCCGCACCGAAUUCCACCUCAAGUUCCUGUGGGGCAGCAGGGGUGCCGGCGUCUCCUCUUCGGACAGGCACGCCAAAUUCCUGCAGGUGGUCUCGGCCAUGUCGGAGAAGUGCGAGCCGAGCGGCCUGCAGUCGCCCUGCACACCCACCAUGCCCAACAGCCCAUCCAUCACAUCUUUCGGACCAACACAUACAGCAGUCUAGACGAAAAACAAAAUGAAAACAGUCAAGAGCAGAAGAAAUUAAAAAUGCUAAAAAAUUUGGUUCCUGCGUAGGCUAUUGUACAGUUAAGGUUUCGCUCACUUAUAAAUUGCAACUAAAUUGACCCUGGGUCACCAAAUAUUGGAAUGUUGAGGAAAUGCUUACAUUAUCUGACUUAAAACAGCUCUUCGGUUGGUAUUUUGUUCAUGGUCCUCAUAGGUGGCGGAAAAUUGCGUUUUAACGUCAUUAAACAUUGACCUUUAUGCAUUUGCAUAGGGUUUGCCAAGUAAUGUACACUUUAAUGCAAUGAAACAUUAAUAUCAUUUUAAUUUUUGUUACCAGAAAAGGAUUUUUUUUAGUCAUUUACAUGAUAUUUUGAAAUUUUGACUUGCAACAUAAUUUAAGUAAGGGUUUGCAAUUUUUUUUAAUUAAGGAAU